AAAACAAAUUUUACAUAUUGACAUAGUUGGGUUUUAUCUAUUCUUGGUGGGUUUUUGUCCUCUCUCUCUGUUCAUACGUUUUCCUCUUUGACUCCCAGACAAAGAGAGAGGGGAAAAAAAGUUCAUUUGGAUUGAAAGACGACGAAUUUCUUUCUAUCAAUACCGCGUGUUUGCUGCAAUGCUAACUUGGGAGAACCGAGUUACGCUUGCACGCAACAUCGCCGUGAAGAAAAAGCUACCCUUCAUUGCAUUCCUCAUCAUUGUGUUAUGUCAGGUCACAAUGGUCAUCUCUCAGGAACACAAGGUUGUGCCAGGUUCAGACGCAGAUUGCCUCUUGAGAUUCAAAGACACAUUAGCAAAUGCUUCCGUCAUUAGCAGUUGGGAUCCUUUGACCGCUCCUUGCAAGCGAAACUCCCCGAACUGGUUCGGUGUUCUCUGUUUUACCGGCUAUGUUUGGGGACUACAACUCGAAGGAAUGGAUUUAACCGGGAAGCUAGACCUUGAACCGUUGGUUCCAAUCAAGAACCUACGAACCUUAAGCUUCAUGAACAACAACUUCAACGGUGCAAUGCCAUCCGUCAAGAAACUCGUUUCGUUGAGGUCAUUGUACUUGUCUAACAACUGGUUCACAGGGGAGAUACCCGCUGAUGCCUUUGAUGGUUUGAAUCAUUUAAAGAAGCUUUUGCUGGCGAACAACGCGUUUCGUGGAAAGAUCCCUUCCUCUUUAGCUUCUUUGCCAAUGCUUUUAGAGGUGAAGCUUAAUGGUAAUCAGUUUCAAGGGAACAUACCUGAUUUUAAACCGAAGAAUCUCAAGUUAGCUAGCUUCGAGAACAAUGACCUCGAAGGACCUAUUCCCAAAAGCCUACGCGACAUGGACCCUGGCUCCUUUGCAGGGAACAAGGCCUUGUGUGAUCCUCCAUUAAUCUCAUGCUCAGCGGCUUCAUGGUCUAUUCCGGAUCCUCCUCCUAGUUCAACGGAGAAGGACAAGAUCCAAACUAUGUUCACGGUUGCAAUCGUUUUGAUUGUCAUUGGGAUAAUACUACUUCUCAUCUCGCUUGUGGUUUUCCUCCUUCAAAACAGAACACGGAAGAUCUUGUCGGCUUGUCCAUCAGCGGGACAAGACAGGAUAGAGAAGUUCAAUUAUGGUCAAUCCGUGAACAUGGAGAGAGCUGGGGACUCGGUUACUAGCUACACUAGCAGGAGAGGAGGAGGAGGUGGAGGAGCAGUACCGGAUCAGGGGAAACUACUGUUUCUGCAAGAGGACAUUCAGAGAUUUGAUCUUCAAGAUCUUCUGAGAGCUUCUGCUGAAGUUCUUGGGAGUGGAAGCUUCGGUGCUUCUUAUAAAGCAGGGAUUAACAGCGGACAGACGCUGGUCGUGAAGAGGUAUAAACAUAUGAACAACGUCGGAAGAGAUGAGUUUCAUGAGCAUAUAAGACGGUUAGGGAGACUUAGCCAUCCGAAUCUGUUGCCUAUUGUGGCUUACUAUUACCGUAGAGAAGAGAAGCUCUUGAUCGCUGAGUUCAUGCCUAACCGCAGCUUGGCUAGACAUCUUCACGCGAAUCAUUCUGUGGAUCAACCUGGAUUGGAUUGGCCAACAAGGCUAAAGAUUAUACAAGGAGUGGCUAAGGGUUUAGGUUACUUGUUCAAGGAGCUACCUACACUGACGAUCCCUCACGGUCAUCUCAAGUCAUCUAAUGUCGUACUUGACGAAUCAUUUGAGCCUCUUUUAACAGACUACGCGCUAAGACCGGUGAUGAACUCAGAGCCGUCUCAUAACCUAAUGAUCGCUUACAAAUCGCCAGAGUACAGCUUAAAGGGACAGAUAACGAAGAAGACCGAUGUUUGGUGCCUCGGGGUUUUGAUCUUGGAGCUUUUAACGGGACGGUUCCCCGAGAAUUAUCUAAGGCAAGGGUACGAUGCUAACAUGAGCCUUGUGACUUGGGUGAGUAGCAUGGUGAAGGAGAAGAAAACGGGUGACGUGUUUGACAAGGAAAUGACUGGGAAGAAGAACUGCAAAGCAGAGAUGCUGAGCCUGUUGAAAAUCGGGUUGAGCUGUUGCGAAGAGGACGAAGAGAGGAGGAUGGAGAUGAGAGAUGCUGUGGAGAAGAUUGAGAGGUUGAGAGAAGGACAAGAGUUGGACGGUGAUUUCGCAGCAUCCACGCACAAUGUCUUUGCUUCUCGGUUGAUGGACGAUGAUGACUUUGGUCUUGCUAUGAAUCGAUGAUCAGUCUUGAGGUCAAUGGAAGAAAGAUUCGGUUUAUUUAUCUUAAUGGAAGAAAAGAGAUGGAAUCGUCAUCGGCAAGAAAGAGAGUUAGGGUUUUUUUUCUCUUGGAGAAAAUGUUUUAAGAGCAAAUCCAUGAGAUAUAUAAUAUGAACGACCCAAAAUUUUAUAUUUUUUUGCAAGUUUCUUCACAUUUCUAUCUGAUAUCAUCCCAAGAUUUUGUUUUUUCUUUUUAAUUCUUUGAAUAUUAUGAUUUUAAAAAAUUAAUAUAAUCAAUGCGUAAUAACAUCAACUAAGACAUACUCACACGAUGUAAUGUAAUAUUGAUGUAUAGAUCUGGUUUUGAUGCGUA